AUGCUUACCUUUGAUGCUGAGGGUCGAGCUGUCGACUUUGAGGUCUGGGUCGAUGUUCUGCAGCUUUUCCUACAGUCUGAUCGCAAAGACGGUCUUUCACAGUUCGAUUUCACGUCUGGCGCCUCUGCGGCCCCUGCUGCCAAUGCUGAAAGUACUUUUCCCUCACAGUGGACCACACGCGAUGCUGCUCCUCGUCUUGCUGUGCGUAGUCACCUGCCGUCCACUGAGCACGCGCACUUUAGUCAAUACAAGAGUGCUAAGACCUUGUACAACGCUGUUGUUGCACGCUACUCUUCCCUUGCCACUGCUGCCCUUAGUUGCCUCAUGAUGCCGUACCUGUUCCCUGACCUCGGCGCCUUUCCCACAGUCGCUGACCUCAUCACCCGGCUCCCUAACUCCCUUCGCUCGGUCAGGGACCACUUCCUCUCUGUUUGCCCCACCACACUCACCGUUGACCUCCUCGAGGAGCACCUCCUUGCACCUGAGAAGAGUAUAGUUGCUGUAAAAGCCUCUUGUGGUGACCCUCGUGCCCCCUUCUAUGAGGGGUGCUCCCCCGCUCCGCUUUUGCCCUAUGUUGCCUCUUCUGCUGCUGUCGACCUCGUUGGCACCGAGUCGGUCGGUGCUGCGUCUGCCCAUAGCGGGAGACGCCGCAACGACAAGGACAAGGGGGGCAAGGGCGCUGAGGAGCUGGCGGGGGCGGUGGUGGUGGCGGUGGAGGCGGCGGAGGGGGUGGGGUUGGCGGUGGGAGUGGUGGCGGGGGUGGAGGCUUCGGUGGCGGCGGUGGAGGCGGAGGUGGCAGCGGCGGUGGCGGUGGGAGCGGAGAUGGCGGCGGUGGCAGCAGUGGGAGCAGCGGCGGUGGAGCUUGUCGGGGUGGCUCUGUGCAGCGGGGAGGCUUCAGUGGUGGUCAGCGCCAAUAGCAGCACGCUCGUGAGACCCCGCCACCCCAGCAGCUUCGUGAGUGGUACGCUGCGCAUCAGCGGGGUGGGGGUGCUGGUCCUUGUGCCUAUGUACUGCAUACUAGCGACUGCACUGGUGAGCCGUGCGGCGGCCCGCACGCCACCCAGCGCUGCUUCGGCCGCCUGA